GUCACAGCGGGUGAAUCCACAUCGUUUCGUCGAUGUCGUGGUUCACCCGUGGCACCCGGCCAGCAUGAAAUCGUCGUGCAGUCCACGGAGCAGCCUGACAGGUGUCCUCAACGCUGGAUCCGUGCUCACGUUUGCGUUGCUCCUCGUCUUGGGAGGUGGCGCCGCCUUCUUCUUGCUCCUCCCCUGGCGGACUCCGAAGUUGGAGACAGAGUUUGUGCCCAGGUUGCUCGAGUCCUCCCCCCGCGUGGUGGUGCCGUCGGAUAGCCCCGGGUCGGAGCCGAGGGACGAGUCGUGCACCUACUACACCUGCUUUGACGUAUACCAGUGCGGCCACGAGAGCGGGCGGAUCGGGGUCUAUAUCUACCCCAUUUUCAACUAUGUGGACGAGCACGGGAAGCAGCUGGUGCGGCAGGCCUCCAGAGAGUUCAUGGAGCUCUUGGAGGCGAUUCAGCAUUCCCCAUACUACACCAAGGACGCAGCCAGGGCCUGCGUCUUUGUGCCUUCCAUCGACACCCUCAACCAGCGAAACCUGAAUCGCAAGGCACUCUCCCGGGUACUGCAGUCUCUGCCGCACUGGAACAACGGCUCCAACCACCUCCUGUUCAACAUGCUCCCCGGGUCGCUGCCAGAGUACGCCACCUCCCUGGAGGUGAACACUGGCCGUGCCCUCGUGGCGGGGGGUGGCUUCGACUCCUGGACCUUCCGGAGGUCCCACGACCUUGGCAUCCCGGUCUUCAACCCAGCAAGGCCCAGCUUGGACGAAGCGUCACAGAGAAGGGUCGAGCGUCCCUGGCUGGUGGUGUCGUCCCAGACACGCAUCCAUUUCGAGUUCCGCUCAGAGGUGGCGUCGCUUGCGGCCGUCCACCCGGGCGUCCUGAACCUCAGCACUUGCGGGCGCCCGUGGGACGGCGAGAACACCGGGGUGCGGUGCCGCGGCGACACCUUGUACAAGUACCCCGACAUACUCGCUGAAGGCAAGUUUUGCCUCGUGGUUCGAGCUGCCCGGCUCGGGCAAAGCGUGCUGUCCGACGCUCUCAUGGCUGGCUGUGUUCCAGUCAUCGUGGCAGACGAGUACAUCCUGCCUUUCUCCGAAGUACUGGAUUGGAAGCGGGCUGCUAUACAGAUCCGCGAAGAUGACCUCGAGGACUUGGUGACGGUCCUCAAGGGUGUCUCUAAGGCAAGGCUUUUUGAGAUGAGGAGCCAGGCUCUUCUGCUGUGGGACCGCUACUUCCGCAGCAUGGCGAAAAUUGCCCUCACCACUCUGGAUGUCAUCAACGACCGCGUCUUCCCGCACAUCGCAAAGACUUAUGAGGACUGGAACGACCUGCCGCCUGGACUUUUGCCACCUGCACCCUUUGCCUUUCCCUUUGUGGCACCUCGGAGUCGGGGUUUCACCGCGGUGGUGCUUACCUACGACAGGGUCAACAGUCUGUUCAAGGUGGUCCAGCAGCUCACUCAGGUCCCCAGCUUAGUCAAGGUGGUCGUCGUCUGGAACAACCAGCGCAAGUCCCCACCGCCAUCGUCUGCUUGGCCCAAGCUGAACAAACCCCUCAAGGUGAUCCGCACCAAGGCCAACAAGCUGAGCAAUCGGUUCUACCCGUACAAGGACAUCGAGACCGAGGCGGUGCUGGCAAUCGACGACGACAUCCUCAUGCUCACGUCAGACGAGCUCGAGUUUGGGUUUGAGGUAUGGCGAGAGUUCCCAGACCGCAUCGUUGGCUUCCCCUCCCGUGUCCACCUUUGGGACAAUGGGACACAGCAAUGGAAAUAUGAAUCGGAAUGGACUAAUGAUGUGUCUAUGGUGCUCACGGGAGCGGCAUUCUACCAUAAGCACUACAGCUACGAAUAUUUUGAGCGCCUGCCAACGUCCAUCCGCCGCUGGGUGGACGAGCGCAUGAACUGCGAGGACAUUGCCAUGAACUUCCUGGUCGCCAACAUCACGGGCAAGGCGCCGAUCAAGGUGGCUCCCCGGAAGAAAUUCAAGUGUCCCGAGUGUGCACGCCUGGACAACCUGUCCAACGACCUCCAGCACAUGGCCGCACGCACCGAGUGUGUCAACGUGUUUGCACGUGCCUUCGGGGGCAUGCCGCUGAAGACCAUAGAGUUCAGGGCCGACCCCGUGCUCUUCAAAGACAACUUUCCCGAGAAACUCAAGAGGUUUCCGAACCUCGGUAGUCUCUGAGGCGACGUCCUCUCUCCGGUCCUUGUGGGGGAGUUCCCAGAUUUGGCCUUGUGGCCGACUCGAAAAACGACUUCAUCGCGUGACCCUUGUGCGAAUGCAUAUCAUUACAGGGUGGUCCUGGCGGUGUGUUGGCACUUUGAGGGGACCGCGUAAAUUGGUUUCUUGACGUAUCUCAAUUCGACCUGCUAAAAGAGGGGCCUGCACUAUUAUUUGAGAGUAUGGAAAUAUGAGCUUGGCCUGAUCAAAAGAAAGACGAAAAUAACUUUUUUUUUUUUUACGGCGAUAGCUGUUAUGGGUUUUUCCCACCACUGGAAUUGACGUCCAUUGUAGAUGUUGUAGUUGUUGAUGUUGUAGCUGGCGUUGUAGGGUGUCCGUCAUCGAUGUUUCAAAAUCCUCGAAAAAGAUUGACGAAAUUGAACAUGGGUCGGCUGCGUGCGAAGCGGAGGAGUUUACACUGAGCUACACCACAGUAUCAACAACCCGCUUUAAACUUGGGGGAGGGGGUGGGGUUUGUAGCACACAAUCCCCACUGCACGCACUCUGGAAAAAGAAAUAGCCAAUAACAAAGUAUUGUUGUAGCACUGUUAGUGCCAAAAGCUUGUGCCAAGAGACGAGCUUUCAUGUACUCCGUAAAAGAAAAAAAAAAAAAAAAGAGCAGUUCUGCGUUAACUUACAGUACAGCGACAGCUGCGUACACAUCACGGCAACGUCGUUGGGCAUCUGCGUCAUGUUCAUCCACCGUGGGGCAACGUUACUUGGUCGGUCAUUUGACAAGCUUCCUAAAAUGCCUGGCGCCUUUUCGUAGCACGUGCGCUUGGUGGCAUUCGCUACACUGCCAGCCCGCCCAAUGGACAGAAGCUGGGGAACCGGUGGAACGGUGGAUGCACAUUACAUGCGAAGGAAAAGGAUACUGUUUGGGGUUUUUGUGGUAAACGUAAAGUUUCCACAAAAGUUGGUGCAAAAAUGGCGUCGUUCAAAGAUUCUUUUUUUUUUUUUUGUUCAGGGAGGCAUUGACGUUGGUGGUGCUAGGAGCACUAUCCACCCGCAGGGAGCCUAGAUUGUAGAGAGGGUCCAUCUGACACCAUAGGGAGCGUUUGCAGUUUAAUGGUGGUUGCCUGCCGUGCACAUGCCAGUGCAUAUGCACUUGCGACCACGCGCUUGUGCAUUGUCGCGUGGUGAAGAGGAAAGCGGGCAGAAAGACGGAGAUGCUCGCAGGCGAUCAACGUGUUUGUUGCCUCCUUGUAGCUCGCAUUGCAAACGCGGUCCACGAACUACGUGACCCCAAGCGAGCAGUUCCGCUUGCACCUGCUCGCGGGCAGGAAACUGAGAACCGACUUCGAAUGCCAUUCUUUUGUGGAGCCUGUCAACUGAUAGAUCCAAGAAUGUAGCCGUGAGGUACGUGAACGAAAGCGUUAAAGCGAAGUAAAGACUUUUUUUGGCGGGGGGGGGGGGCGCAUUUUUAGCACAAGUUUUGGGGAUUGACAGUGCUAUGGCAACAUUUUGUGUUUGGCUAUUUCUUUGCGUUUUUCCAGAGAGCGCGUGCAGUGGGCAUCACGCACUACAAAAGUUAUAUGUAAGACAGGCUAUUAACGCUCUGGCGUGGCCCUGUGGUAAGGCCUCCGCUUCGCAUGCAGCGGAACCAGGUUCGAUUCUUGCGGACGGCGUUUUUCGAGGAUUCGAGAAGAGCGACAAUGGACGCCCUACGCCCUAUUACGACGACCACAACAUCAACUACAACAACAUCAUUAACUACAUCAUCGAUGGAUGUAAUUUCCAGUAGUGGCAAGAGCCCAUAAUACCUAUCGCUGUAGAAGACACAAAAGCGUUCGGAAUAAAAUAGUCAGACGUCUAUUUUGUUCCGAAUGGCGUGAACAUGACGCCGAUGCCUAAUGACUUCGCAGUGACUUGUCUCGGCUGUCGCUAUGACUGUACUGUGGAUUACCAUGGGACUGCUCACUUUUAAUAAAUAAAUGCCAAGCUUUUUUUUUUUUGCGAAUGUAUUAAUGAACAUUGGGGGCCAUUGUGGCAUUUAUUAUGUUGAAACUAGUGGAAGGAAAAGGAAACAAAAAAUGGCUUAAAAUUUAUCUUCUACAUUUUGCCGUAAUAAAUGCCACUGUGGCCCUCCAUAUCAUUUUAUGGUUUCAUGCGAGCUAGGCUUAGCGUGUAGGAAAAAUUUUUUCUGUCGCAUUUUACUCUGGUGAACUCAUCCUGUCAUAUUUCUACUAAAAAAAGUGCAUUUUAUUCCACAAUCUCUCAAGAAACCAGUUUAUGAAGUCUCUAUGAAGGCCAACACACCAUUGAGUCCAUGCUAUGUGCCUCGUUCCACAUUCAAUGUACUGGAACAGACACUACGAGUUCAGGUGAAGUCACAUCGCACGUUGGAUCGGUUAACAUGCCUCAUGAUGUCCGUUCCGGUACACCUCUAAAAUGGAGCGGAAUAUAGCUCUCUCAGUGUGACUGGUCACUGAAGUGCACUAAUUAUGAUGAUAUCAAUGUGGCUGCUUGGUCAUUGUACAUAGUUAUGCUGAGCUAAUGUAAGAUGGUGCCACUUUAAUUGCACGAUCAUGCAAGUAAUCACUGGCUUGUAAGCAGUUCCUUGCCAGGGUUUCUACCAGAAAUAUUGUAAUCUUGAUUGUACUGUACGUAGAUCGCUCGACCUGAAUGUUGAAUGAUCGCACUGAUGGUUACAAAGAUGCAGAUAUGAUUAUGCGGUGAUCACAACUGGUCAUGUUAUUGCAGGAAUAAUGCUCUACAUAAUCACCGAAAUUGUUAAGUUAUAGGAGAAGGCCAGGAACGCUGAUGUGAUCGUGAAAUUCUCGUAAUGAUGUGUGCUGAUGAAACUAACGCCGAUUACACUAUGAUGUAAAGCGAUAGUGAUUGCACAACUGUAAGUGUCGAAUUAUCGCGCAACAAUGCUGAUGAAAUCACGGUGAUAGUAAAGAGUUGUGCCCUUGAAUAAGAAGCUUCAUGAUGUUGGUCGUGCGACGUCAUGGGUCGGGCAUGAACUGGCACUUUCAAUAAUUGCACAUCAAUGUGUGGCCUGUGAACAAGAAUCUAUUAUUAUAGUACAGUUGUUUUCAUACUGUGAACAUUCUUAUCAUUAUUACGAUAGUUGUCAUCAUAGGUGUUGAGUGAUUUUGGCAGAGCUAAAAGAUCAGCUAAUGUGUUAUGACCACACGCAAUAGUCGUGCAUAUAAAGCAGUCUUUGCUGUGGCUUAGAAAAGACGCCAAUCAUAUGCGGAGGGUCACACAGUGCAAUAGAGAGUUUGUUGCUUUAGUCGUUGGUGAGAGACGGGAAACAUAAUCAGCAUUGAAAUGUAGCUAGGACGAAUUUGGCUGGGUCUGUUUGGCGCUUUGCAGAAAAUGCGAAUCGGCAUGCACGUGACUGCCAAAGUUGUGAAUCUCUCAAAGUGCAACCUACUGCACAGUUUGCUAUCGACUAGUAGCUCUUGAUUUUGAGUCAGGUCCAACUGCUUUUUGUAAACUAAAAAAAAAAGUUGUCCAACAAAACUCUCUCUUAACUAGCCUUGGAUGCCUUUUACACAGUAUAUAUGGAGGUAUGUCUUUAUCAGAAUAUAGAAGGACUGUGCAAUACUUCGAAGACAAAUACAAAUAAAACAAUAAUUUAAA